GGUCACCCUAACUUUUCUUCACUACGAUGUCGAACGCAACCGACCCAAGAGAUGCUUCACUGGAGACAAAGCUGACCCUUCCAAAAACGUGGUAUGCUGAUGCUAACGAUUCAAUGGGGUCAAUGGGGAUGUUCCUUGCAGGCAUGGUCCUGGUUACGCGUAACAGGUAUCUGUCUUGGCCAGUCCUCCUACUUGCUAUAAGCGGUGUGACAAAUCAGCACCCACUGAGGACAAAAGAUGGAGGAAACAGUCCUUGGGCUAUACUCUUCAUGGCGAUAUUGGCGGUUAUCAUGUCUCAUGCCCCUCUUUUUUUACUGCCUAAGCAGACUGCUAGCGGACCUGUCCCUAUAUUUUAGUAAGCAAUCCGCCUGUAUGUGCGGCAUAAAUGUUCUCUAUGUUAGCCUUUAUGGGUUGGUCGCAGAACUGCGUUCGCAAGCCACUUUC